UUUUUCACUCUGCCUCAUUUCGUUACUGACUAACCUAACGAAGGAAGCGUCUUCAAAAACCCAAAACCCUAGACAGGGUAAAAGAAAAACCCCAAAUUCUCUCGCUCACUCUCAAAGGGUGACGCAGACGCAGACGCUAUGGAUAUGCAACAGAGCGAGUUCGAUCGCCUCUUGUUCUUCGAGCACGCUCGUAAGGCUGCAGAAGCUGAAUACGCCAAGAACCCUCUCGAUGCUGAUAACUUGACAAGAUGGGGUGGAGCUUUGUUAGAGUUAUCUCAGUUUCAGAGUUUUCCCGACUCGAAGAAGAUGACCCAAGAGGCUGUUUCGAAGCUGGAGGAGGCGCUUGUGAUAAAUCCCAAGAAGCAUGAUACACUUUGGUGCCUGGGAAAUGCCCACACUUCACAAGCAUUUUUAAUCCCAGACCUAGAGGAGGCUAAGGUUUAUUUUGAUAAGGCAGCUGAGUACUUUCAGCUAGCUGUUGAAGAGGAUCCUGAAAAUGAACUUUACAAGAAAUCAUGGGAAGUGGCUGCCAAGGCUCCCGAGCUACAUGUUGAGAUCCACAAGCAUGGAUUUGGUCAGCAGCAGCAGCAGUCAGCUGGAAUAGCUGGACCUUCCUCUUCUUCUGGUACAAAGACUCAAAAGAAAAAGAAGAGCAGUGAUCUGAAGUAUGACAUAUUUGGAUGGAUCAUUCUGGCUGUUGGCAUUGUUACAUGGGUGGGGUUUGCAAAAUCAAACCUGCCACCGCCACCGCCUCCACGAUAAGUGAAUCCAUUUGAUUUUGUUGGAUACAUUAUUGAUUAUGGGGUAUCACAUCUGAUUUGGUCAUUGCCUAUUAGUUCUUUUUUUGACAGUAGUAAUGUUUUUCAUAAUGUAACCAUUAAUAUGAAACCAUCCUGUUAGAUUUAUCUUAUUAUAACUGAGUUGAACAGCCAAAUAUGCCAGGCGUAUAUGUUGCGAGACCAAAAGCAAUACCAUCAAUUCAGUAUUGGUUGUUAUAAGAGUUACUGGCAAGUUUUCGAUUCAAACCUUCA